UUCUGCCUGUCUGUUCUAAAUUUUUGCAUUAAAAGGAAAAUAGUCAUUAUUCCCUUGUUAAAUCAAGUGAAAUAUGUUCGAAAUAUAUACUGGAGUAAACGGCUGAUAAUAUCAUAGCCAUGAAUUUAGUAGAGAAGGCAGAGAAAGCUUUAGAAUAUCUAAAAAACAACGAGGGGUCUACGAAGAGCCAUGAGCUCCAGACAGCUGCUGGGACUCUCGGAAGAUGUUUAGGAGCGCUGGGAAGCCGAUCAACAUACGCCAGGCAUUAUGCAAAUCUUUUACACGGUGCCCUGCCUACUUUGCUGUCUUUAGCAAGCAAUGAUAGUGCUGAAGUGAGAUUAGUCGGUGAUGAGGCACUGAACAGAGCAGUUGUGGGUGGGUUUGCUUUUCACUCUCACAAAGCAAACAUCAUAUUGCAGAAUUUGAUUGACCCAUCUAGAAAUGCCAGAUGGAUACGAGCAGCUCUCACCCGGAUUUGCCUCGGAGACUGCUGGCUGCGUCCCGGCACUGGCAAGAUCCGAUCCCAAGCGCAAACGCUAUUUCCGAAGCUGAGCCAGAUAGUCCAGCAGACGAGCGAAAUACAACUCAUUGUGGAGGCAUUAGAGAACAAUUUGCCUCGGAUAUUGACAGCUUUGGCUGAGUAUACCACUGAUGAGGAAAUUUUUGAUUUGUCCAAAGAGUUAUUAUCGCACAUAAAUUCGCCUGAACCAGCUGUGAGGCGCGACGUGUCGAAGUGUGUGGCGCAUCUAUGUUCACAUAGAGAAACGCUGCUUACUAAUGUAUUGGAGAAAGUAUUUGAGAAAUUAUGGCCAAUAUCAACAGACAGUGUUACAGUAAUGGGCUGGUUUUGCUUGCUCAAGGCAAUAUUUCAUAACAACGACAUUUGGAAAUUCCAUGAAAACAAUCUCUUUAGUGUUCAAGAUUAUUUAGAGUUGUAUCAACUAUGUGUGCACUACAUCGAACAAUCGACCGAACACAACACACAGAAUAUGGUAUUGGAAUGUCUGUGUUCACUGUUGGCCCAAGCCACCUCAUGCUAUAGCAAGGCGUUGUUGGACAAACAUUGUGUACGUUUGGACCUCAGACAGUCCAGACACAGCCGGAAUAUUAGUACAACAAGCGGUAUAUCGACCCGCUACGUUCCAAGUCCAGUACAAACUCACUCGGAACACCACAACAUGGAGCUUUCGUUCAGCGGCGAGCUCCAGCUGGGGAGCUUAUUGCAGCUUCACACGCCGAGCUUGAGUGUUGAAGAUUUGAGUAUACGAACUCCAGACUCCCACGGGAGCGAAGCAGAAUUGCAGAUGCAGUCGGAAGAGCUGACAAAGGAUUUGUCGGAGAAACUGCAAGAGUAUGAGGAGACAGAGAAGGAGAGUGAGCAAGAUAUAGUGGACUGUCCACAGGAUAUAGGAUUCAAGAUAAACAUUGGAUCUAGCACAGAUGAAGAUGUCUUGCUCAAGUAUUGUGCAAGAUUGAUUGCUUCGAAGUAUUUAUUGACUGGCAACAAAGGGGAAACCAUACACGACAGAUCUGUGAGGGUAUCUGUCAAAGCGUCUGCCCUGAACUGUUUGUCAGAAGUACUGCAGUUGUAUCCACAAGCCGUGACAAUGUAUUUGGAUAAAGAUGCAGAUUUCAAGAAUCAUAACAAUUCUGGAUCAUCUGAAGGCACGGAAAUGCACCAAGACAACAUAAACGAAUUCAUUUUAGAACGAAAUGUUUGCUAUCAAGACUCCCUCAGCGAUUCCAUGAGCCAAGACUUCCUGAAUCGAAGCGUCGACAGCCAACAGACAUCCAACUCUCAACAAAUAUCCAAAAAAGACAGCAAAUCUCUGGAAAAAUCAAUGGACAGCGUAGAAAAAACGUCUAAAGACAUCCCAAGCGCGAUUUUAGACAGCAGAUACGGCAAAAGCGACCUUAUGGUCAGCGGAUUAAGUGCAGAUUCAAAUCAAAAUAUGACAACUAGUAAUUUCACGACAAACUCCAAUAUGACCGGCAGCACGUUUUAUCCAAUGACAAGUAGUGGGGAUAUUUUAUCAUCAAGUAUAGAUUUGGAUAUGAAAUUCGAUCAUUUUGGCGAAUCUCCUGAAAAUGUUGAAUUGAGAGAGAAAAAGGAAGAUAAACCGAAAAGGCCCCUGGGAAGGACUUUUGAUGUCGCGAAAGAGGACAGUGUGAGAAAAUAUGAGAUUGAGAAGGACUUUGUUUUUCAGCAUAUGUGUGACAUUUUCUUGCUUUUGGAAAAACACAGUGACCCCCAAAUUAGGGGGUUGGUUAGGGUGUGUAUUGGGAGUUAUUUGAAGGUAGCUUUGGAUUUGUGCCGUGGGGAUUACGAUAGGUGGAGAAAGUAUGCGGUGUUGCCGAAAGACGUCAGUGAGGGAAUCAGUAUGGAGAAGUUGAUGGCGAUUUUGGUGAAGGGCGUAUCAGACGACGUUCAUUCAACAGUGAUCCACACACUGACCUCCUUAACCAAUGUGUCACAUGCGCUUGCGCACAGCACUCAUUGGCAGCUACUGGUCGAUGUGUUGAAUGCUCUCAGAGAAACUGAGAACAAUAGUUAUUGGCUGGUCAAGGUUACGUUGUGUAGGUUCUACGAGAAAUUACCUUAUAGCAGACUACAUACCUUGUAUUCCGGAUAUAACAACAAAAGCAAAGUUAUAAUGAACACGCUGAUUCGGUUGCUACACGACCCAGACCAAAAAGUGAGGAGCGCUGCAUCUCAAACUAUAGCAAACAUUAUCCCAAAACUAUACCAAUCAAAUCGCGCGAACCCAAUAUCAACUGUCACUUCUAUAGCCACGCAACACAGUCGCCAUCUAACGUUCGACCGCGGUACUUUAUCGUUAUCCAUAGUACGAGACAUGUACUUUAUGAGCGAGUUACCGGAACUGUUGAGGAGUGGGGAUGAGUGUCAAGCGUUGGAUUCCUUGAGGAGUGUAGUAGCCGAGUUGAGGGCGAAGAUUUCGGUUGAUUGUAAGAAUAAUUCUCAAGGUCUAUUAGAAACUCUGCAAGCUAUAUGUCGCAAAUGGUCUCCAUGGAAGCACAUGACAGCAUACAGCUCACAAGGAAUACUGAGCUAUUGUCUAGAUAGCUUACAUUACUGUAGCUCGACGGUCGCUGUUAGAACCAUUCUUUUGGACAUCACUGCUCGAUUAUACCCAGUGGAAAUCCACGAAGUUAUGCGCCACAAGACAUCAAACAGAGAUAUAUUCGAACGCGACUCACAAAACAGCAAAGAAAAAUGGCAACACUUAGAAAACAACAGGGUGGCCAACUUAGCGGAGAAAUUCCUACAAGUUACGUUGAAAAUGUUAAAUGUGCUGGUGCAUUUGAUUGAGGAGGUUAACCCUAAUGUGCAUUUGAAUAAAGGCGGGAUUGCCUUGCCCGGCAGUCCGGUGAGGAGGAAGACUCAAGAUGCCACGCCGAGAAGAUCAAGCACCGCUUCGGAAGUAGAAGAGAAAGGGUCUCUAAGAAAGAAGCCCCCCACACCCGCGAAUAGUCUAAGAGCUAACUUUGCCGGCCACUUUUAUAUGGACCCGUUCUACAUGAAGUUCUAUGAUACUCUGAGAGCUACAUACUCAAAUCAUAAGAUCACCCUAGACCCAAAAGGGAGUAUAUUCCACGAAUUCCUCUCAACAGUACUUAAUUGUCUGUCGAUACAACUAGAAUUAUCGACUGAAAGGGAAUUUGGUUGCGUCACUGAAGAAAUAUUAUACUACCUCAAAAUGAUCAUGCCUUUUAAACCCGAUGCCACAAUAUAUUGUGUUACUCAGCUAUUAAAAUGUUUGUUUGGAACUAACAUGAUCAGUCAAUAUUCUGACUACAUGAGCAUUAUUGACAAAAAGGAUGGCGAACCAAAACCAAAUUUCUAUAACGAUGUAAUGUUGAUUAAUAGACUAAACACCAUAGACAAAGAGUCUAGAAGGAGCAGCGCCAGUUCGAAUACUAGUCAGAAAUUGUCUUUGGACACCAAGAAUCCAAGAAUGAUGGACGAGAGACAGCUAUUGAUCGCGAUGGAGAAUUUCGCGAAGAAUAAAAGUGAUAGAAAAUGGGGGACCAAUAAAAAGGAGUUAGAAAGGUAUAUUAGAUUGUUUGAGCCGGUUGUCAUACAGGCUUUGAAGAGUUACACAAUGCAAAAUGAUAUACCGCUUCAAUGCAAAGUCCUUUGUCUCCUCAAUCAACUGCUCACGCUGCGCGUGAACUACUGCAUGUUGGACAGCGAUCAGGUGUUCAUUGGGUUCCUCAUGAAGCAGCUGGACUGGGUGGAACAACACGAGAUACCGAAUUGUUCUGAGCUGGUUCAUAACAUUCUGCUGUUUUUGGUUCAGUUGUCGUCGUCGAAGCAUCAUACGAAGCAAAUUAUAGAGAUACCAAAGUUAAUCCAACUAUGUGACGGUCUCAUGGCCUCAGGGGCUCAUUUGGAAUGUAUUUCUGGAUUGGAGCCCGUGGCCGUUAAAGUUUUCAGCAAUAUGGGAGGUCCAAGCGUACUGGGCCGAGCUCAGCAGCAAGAAGCGCAGGCGACGAGGGAAGUUCUGUUUUAUAUGUUGCAGAAAACCAUGCAUCAACAUGAGGUACUGGAACUAGUAUCCUGUGUCCUAUCCCUAUCACAAGAACACCCAGAAAGUUAUUACCGCUGGUCGGAACUGGCUUGCGAUACUCUGCUCAACCUACUCUCACAGCGGACCAUAGAGAUAGACUCUAAAGAAGCCAUAGCUUCGUUGGAGAAACUUCUAGACUGUGUGUACAAAGAUGUACUAUUGGAACAGAGUCGAGUGGAGAUUUUGAUGAAGAUUUUAUUUAAAGCGCCGCCAGACCAGGCCACAACACCAUACAAGCUAAAACUGCGGUACCUAUCCAUCAUAAUGGUGUUACUUCGCAAAGUUCUCGUACUAAUACCAGAGAGCGAAAUCCUACUAACCAUAAACAACCUAAAGGCCACCAGUCUUUCACCUCAGAGUAUAUUCUUCAACGUCAAACCCGACAUAGACCCUUUAAACGUACAAAAUGUCAACGAAAAUUGUGCGAAUCUGUCCCCUGAUGUCAUAUUAGUAAGAUUGCUGUUCAAAACACUGACUUAUGCCAUUUUAGAAGUGGACGGGUGUAGGGAAUCCGGUUGUUCGAAUUUCGACUUUGACGACAAGGACCUUAAGGGUCAAAAUCACAGGUUGUUGUAUUCGGUGUGCAUUAAUAUUGUGAUACAAGUGAAGCAUAUGUUGCAUUUGACAACUGGCUGUCUAUUCCCGCUAACAGCAAAAACAGCUCAAACCAUACUCCACAACGAACAAAGCGGCCUCAACACCGGCCUAUAUAGUCCAGACGAGAACAUACCAUUGGACAAAUUGAACUUGCUGUGUUUGAGGUCGUCGCUGCUGACUGUACACUGGUCACAUUUGUUGAUCAGAUUAAAUUUCUUAACCCACAAAUACUGGCAGAAGUUAGUUGGGUUCGCGAGAAACUUACCACUAAGAGAUGACAGCACAGACAAACAGCUGUUGAAAGUUGAUGUACUGCAAAUAGCUUGUGUUAUGGCGUACUGCGAGUAUUUUGUGGAAAACGGUCUAAGUGAAGUGGUCCACCUGACUUGGUUAUUAGUCAACCGUGUCCAUAUUCUCAUCAGUCAAUACAGAGAGGAUAUAGUGCAAAGUUUAGUGGCUAAAGUGCAACAGACAGACAGCGCAUCGGGGUUGCUCCUACAGGCGAUUGCGGCAAGAUGCCAGAACCAUUUGAAGGGUGAAUUUGCAUUGAACACGUACAAGAUACUGAGUCUAUGCCACGAGAGUGAAUGUGGCGCACUGAUAUUCUUCAUAUGUAGGAUCAUUGGCAAAAUGGAGCCUUCGCUUUCUGCCAGGUUUGCAAAAUUAGCAGUGGAAAGAUGUUGGCAACUCAAAGAGAUGCCAGAAGACAAGAUAAAUGAGCAGCUCACUAAAGAAGACGUUCAGAUAGCUUUGGAGAUGCUUCAGAGGGACCAGGUUCACACACGCUACCCGGCUCUAGUGACGGAGCUGAAUUCUUUAGCUUCCACAAUAUUCGCACUAUCGCCUCUUGAUCUAUCCCAGGAUCGUGCUAUUAAUCCGCAGUACAUCAAUACAACAAACGUCGACGCUAAUUGGUUGCUGAACCAGGCCAAGAACAGAUGUUGCCUAACUGACCCGUCUACCCCAAAAGUGACUGAACAAAUCGAACUUGCACAUCUACUGUCCAACUUGACGAGAGAAGAUUUAACGAGCGUCACAUCCUGUCCAGAAUUCGACAGACGAAUUUUUGCGUCGUGCUUCAAAGUCGCCGGCGACGAAUAUAUCAAAGAGUUUCUCAACGUUUUCUCAGCUUACGAGGCGAGGGAGAUAGAAAGAGAUAGACUCAGAGAAGAGAGGGAGUCGAAAAUGAAAGAAGAAAUGACAGCCUCGAUCGAUAGUAAUAAAUUAAAUGUAGUGAACACUCUACACGUGUUCAAAAAGAGUGAUAAUAGAGAAUCGAAAUCACAGUUCUUUAUACCGAUAAGCGACAACGAGAUGAAGGAAAAGUUCGGUAAUUUGGAACUGUCAGACGAACAAACGGAGCUGGUAUUGCCCGAUCUGUCACAUUUAUACCUAGUAUCGGUAACAGGUUUUGCGAAAUCCCUAUCGGAUAUAAUAAAACUGUUCCCUAAGCAGAAUAGACCGUUGAGCCAAUCAGAUAAUUUCAAUUUAAAUAUAGAACUGUCAAUAGAUAGGUAUACAAGGAGAUGCCAUCAAGUAUUUCAAGAUAAAUUGUUCUAUCAAGAGUUUAUGACGUUACAAACCAUUCUAGCCGGUUAUCUAGAUUCUUUAGACAGGAUUAUAACAGUAAUAGACGAUUCCGAUUGCGAGUUGGUUGAGAAAAUAAUCGAUACUUUACUGCCGAGCUAUUUAUCGAAAAACAUAGCUAUAUUUUCUGUGAUGUCUUUGCAGUAUCUUUCGUUUUUGAUUAAAAACAAGAUAAUCGUCGAGAGUCCUGUUCACGCAGACGUUUCGUUUAGGGUAAACGUACCAGUGAAUGACAAUUUGGUUAUCGAUAAUGUCGUGUUGGUUACGAUUGAUAAUGUGUCGAAAGCGUUGAGUUUCAAAGAGAUAUGGUCUGAGCUUAAUGUGGACAGCAACAGUAAUAGAACACAAUCGGCUAUCAGUUGUUUAUACGCCGUUGUGAAAUAUUUGGUGAAGGAUACCAAACCUCUAAUCCUGAAGCACCAUAUGAUCAUCGAAGGUCCCAAACCGGACCUGGUGAUAAUCGGCGAUAAACUUGUGACGCUUAUUGAUUAUUGGGAACGGAAUUUUUACGUUUCGAGUGAACCAGUGCUUGGCAAAUAUUAUAGGAAACCUAUUGAGGGUUUGAUCGUCAGUUUGUCCAGGUUGGAUAUAGUAAGCAAUAUAGCUCUAAUACCGCCCAUAGCGUGGUCGUCAGUCGAUGUGAUAAUGAAGAAGGACCAACCACUUAAGAUUGACCUACCGCUGCAAGCUUUACAGGAUAUGGACGUUUUGGAAGCGUUUUUGUUCAGAGUAAAUUUAAUAGGUUGGUCGUCGAAGAAACAAUUUGAAGAGAUGUGGGUUGGCCUGCUUGGUGCAUUGCAAGGCAACGGACCCCACUGGGUGAUACGAGGCAUAACGCAGCUUCUGAUCAGCACUGGCGCCUCGAGGCACGUCCCGAGGCGGUUGUUACACGUUACAGACGGAAUGUCACGCUUACGCAAUCUACUAGUGGGGACUUCGUACAGCAAACUCUUCGAAGACAUCAACUUAGAGCGGAUACCUUUGGGCACCGACGAAUUCGAUGGAUACCAUUACGCCCAGCUCAAUACUGAGUACCUUAAAUUGGUCGCAGAUAUAACAGAUGACGCAUCAUUCAGAAUUCGCCAGGAGCGCAAGCGCAUAAAGAACAGAGAGGUGGACGUCAACAGCUGUCUGCAGAUCCUUAUGGACGUCACGUCACAGAUGCUGGAGCCAAAGGCCCCAACCGGCCUAGCGGCUCGCCUGGCGCUCCUCUCCUGCAUAACGCACGCCAGCUACGUGUUCACUGAGACGGGACAGUGGUGCUGGGCCGCGUCGCAGCUCAUCGCCGUCACGGGCGCGGCCCACGGCGCUCUGACGCAGUACAGCGCCUGCGGGAGGGCGAUGUUGUUCUCGCUGUCGCAUUGUCUGUGCGUGCUACAUGGGUUCGAAGGAUUGCAGGAACUUUCAACAGUCCACCAAAAACUCGUGAAAUCUCUGUCAUCGUCGUACGCGCCGCUCCGCCAGGCGGCGCUGCAGGGCUGCCUGCUGCAGCUGAGCGCUCGCUCUUGGCAGAAUUCCCAAAAUUCACAGAAUUCCCACUCCCCGUGUCAGGAGCUCGUGGCGCACCUCACUGUCGUCGUUGGUCAAUAUACUAAUACUAAUUGCAAGAUAUCUCUCUACGAGCAAAGUUUAUACUGGACUGUGUUAUUCACACUGAUAGAACUUGGCCAUCCAGAGUUGAUAACUUCAGCUGUGGACUUCGUGUUGGCACAGCCUAACCACUAUUGUACUGAUUUGGUUGUCAAGGGUAUAACGAACACCAUUCGCCAGCAAUUGCUACCGAAAGACCUGAAGAACUCUAUUAUAGAACGGCUACUCGAUAACAUGAAGAUCUAUUCAGAACGGCACGCUAUACAAAUUCUUAUGGUCCAUUUGUUUUCAGCCGACAACAAACUGUUAAGCCCGAAACUGACCACAGACGUAUCAAACAUGGACCCGGACAUACUAAUGAGUUCAAUGGAAAGACUAACAUUACUAUACAAAUCACUACGACAAACAAAAUCAACAGAAAACAAAAAAAUCCUAACAUCAGCUAUGAAAUACUUCUUGCGAGAAACAUUACCCCCCGCUUCGACGUUGAGCAGAGUGGUCAUAGAGUUUAUAGAGAGCUGUAAACAAGCGGAGAGAGUCAAAAUGGGAGUGGUCAGUGACAGAGAAAGAGAUUCAAUUUGCGCUGUGUUUAAUGCUCAUACUGUUUUUGAGGUAUUUGAAACUGCCGUAUCACAAGAUCAACUGCCUGUAUUAAGCGGAUGGAUAUUCGAAGCGCUAUGCCACUUAUUAAGCGGGAAAAUAUCCCAUAACCUCCUUCCAUAUUGCGUCUUGACAUUACUAGUUUCAGCCAGUUCAAACCAGUUUAUAAGAAAGAUAUAUCCGCUGUCUUUUGUUAUUCUGAAAGAUGGUUUUAAAAAAUCAGCUGAAGUUGAUUACAGUUGGGGUAUGUUUAAGGAGUAUUUGAGCGUUGUUGAUGGCAUGUGUUUUAAUGAUAGAAGGUUGUUAUGUGUCGUGGCCAAACAUUCUGGCUUUAGUGUAUCUCAGUUGGAUACAUUGAAGGAAUUAUGUGACAAAAAUAGAUGUUUGAACGAGCUGUUGCAGUGUUUGAAUUGUUAAUGGUACAAAUGUAGAAUUUUCAGAGAUGUUAACGUGUGACGUUUUUGCAUCUGUAGUUAAAUAUUAUAGUAACGCUUGAAUUGUGAUUUUAAACGCCACAUGAAAAUUUUUCUUUAAAUGAUAUUUUUCGAUUAUACGGUCAAAGACAAAACAUUUAUAUAAUUAUAUCUUUUCACGACAACAUUUCGAGUAUAUAGCUUUUUUCAAGACCACUGUUGAGAAUAAAUACCGAAAGACACUCAUUUAAACAUUGUUUAGAUUAGAUAUCAAUCUAAUAUAAUGUCAAAUAUAUUUUUUUAUGAAAGAAAUUAUGUAUGCACAUAGCUAAAAGUUGUCGAUUAGGAAUUGAUCAUUUUAAUUAUUUGCACCUAAUUUGUAAUGGUUUUAAGCGUUAAUGGUUUUAAUACUAGCACAAUAUAUUAGGAGCGAAGUAUGAUAAUUCUCAAAAAUAUUCAACAUUAACAUUGCAUGAUGUUAGUUAAAAGUAGUUGACUAUUAUCCAAACCUGAUACUUGUUUCUGUCAAAAUUUAUAUCAUGUCAUGUAUUGUGACGUCACAGACUUUCUAACGACCACCGUGGCCUAACGGUCAUCUGCUGCACUUUAGUCGAUCAGUUUUAUUAAAUCAAAUCAUUCUAUUGCUUCCUUAAUGGACAAACAGCUCUUCGUUUGCAAAUACAGAAACAAUUGAUUAAUGAUUGUCGAGCGCUGCAAUGGGAGAAAGGUUACGCAUUAAUAUAAUGAUUUUGUAUUAAAAUAUAAUUAGAAAUGCUUUUUGAUUCCAAUAUCCGUGAUGUCACAAUACAUUACUGUCACACAAUCGCUCGAUAUAAAAUUUUGUUUUUGACAUAAGAAAAAAAUAUGGGAUUUUACUUUGUAUGGAGAAUUGUAAAGAGCUUCAAUGAUGCUUCUAUUUUUAUAAUAAAGAACGUUUUUGUAAAUGUGAAAUUUUAUUGUAGGUGCUGAAUGAAAGAUUAUAUUAAAAAUGUGCAUUAUCUAUAGAUGGAAUAUAAGUAUUACUUGCUUUGGUAUGAUCACGAUUUUUAUUUAGAAAUUCGUUAUUAAAUUUUAUCUUGGUCUAGCUGCACACUAGCGCCACUAUUGAAAUGAAAAAUGAAUUGCGCCACUUCUUCACCUGCGCUCUGGGAGUCUGCAAUAGUUUUAAGUAAAUUGUUGACGUCAACGAGUGAUUUCUAUAAUCCAAAGUUGAAUAAACAAUUUCGAACCUUUUUGAAUCGUCACUUUUGACAGUAAUGAUGGUGGCGCUAGUGUGCGAUUAGAUAUCGUCUUAAGAAUACGUUUUGAGAAGUUUGUAUUCAAUAACAUUCCUUUUUCGUCAUUUCCAUCUGGGCGCAAAAUGUCCUUUUUUUACAAUGUCCUUUUCUCAUAAUGUCCUUUUAAUAAAAAAAACUGUUUUAAUCACUUGCUUAUCUAAAUUGUCAUGAAAAACACAAGAACAUUUUGAGAAAAGUACAUUAUGAGAAAAGGACAUUUUGAGAAAAGGAAAUUUCGAGAAAAGGACAUUAUGAGAAAGGACAUUUUUCGCCAAGACGGUCAUUUCUAUGUUAUUCUGGGUGAUCGUAGUGAAGUGGUAGUCGUAGUGAACGGCAAGUGCUUCACGAUCCCCGGGGGAUUGAAAAAGGGGAACCAAGUGGAACACGGGAAUUUAUGUACUUAUUUUGGAAAAUUGUAUAGAUCAAAAUAUCUGAACUUAAUUUUAUUCAAUCAUUUGUAUGUCAUUUUAACAGUGUACAGAUGUACAGUCGACCGCAUAUCAAGUUACUCUGUAUAGAACUUUAUGCGGUGGUAAUAGGGGCGAAUUCGCUAUGAUUCUGGGUAGGUUUAUGUGCUGUUGACUGUAUAUAUUUUAUUUUAUUUAAAUAUAAAAAAUAUGUGCUUCUUAGAAAUAUAUCAGCACUCACCUGUACGAAGUUGUGUUUAAUUACUUAUAAGGAUGUUGUACAAUUGUAUAUUUUAUGAAACUCAAUGAAUCUAUAUAUUUUUAACGCUACGCUUCGCGCAGUAAUAUAGUCACUAGUUUAAAUAUCAA